AUGAAUCGAUUCCGCAAGGCUAAGAAGGAGAAGACGAAGGAGGAUACGGAAGCUAUCGAGAACACCCACAAUUUGCUCACCUCCAAGCUGUCCAAGCGAAGCAAGAAGGAUGAGCCCGAGGAAGUGCCCGCACUCGACCUAUCGAAUGCCUUACCGUCUAACGAUGACUUCCGUACGAGCUUACUUAUGCCCAAAUUAUCGGCGCGGUUUAGCAUGUUGAGGGAACAAGACGACCCGGCCUCGAUUAUCGGCAAGGCCAGUGAUGAUAGUGUCUUGUUUCCUAAGCGCGCCUCCCGAUUGAAUCUCUUCGGCCACAAUCCAAACCUGCUCACAGAUAUCGAUGAGGUAUCUACAGAUGGUAGUCGGCCGUCUUUCAACCUCAGCCGUGACUCAUUCGUCUCGGCGAACGAUGGUUAUGGUACCGACGACGACCGCUCACAGAAAGAAAGCAUUAUGAGUAGAGCCCGCCGGGCGGAAGGUAACAAUUUGUUUGGUGGACGCCAAAAGGUCUACAAGAUUCCCGCCAAGGCAUCAUCGAAUGUAUCUGUCGCAGCGGAUGCUGGACAAAUGGGAGGCCGCGCGGUCUAUGACCAUGAUUUGUCCUUGUCCGCUUUUCAACGGCUGAGGCUAAAAGAGAAGGAAGAACGUGCUGCAGCCGAGGAAGCCCACCAAGAUACUUCUGCCGCGGAGUCCGAAGACGCUCUGUCUAGCAUUUCUUCCGCUAAGAGACUACGUUUUCCUCAACUGCCUCUGGCCCAAUCGCGAAUGGCCGUGCAUCAACAGCAGCUAGCUCCAUCGACGAGCAGUCUUUCACAGGAUCGCCAUCCCAAGAGAGCUUGGCUCCAUUCUCUAAACCAUCCGUACCUGCGAUGGCUCCUGAGCGAGGCUCUGUUAAAUCACGGCGCCUAUACGGCCAGGGUCUAG